AUGCGCAAACAACACUAGACUCUGUUCGACAUUGCGACUUCCGCGAUUGUUUUCACGAUCGUCGAUGACUAGUUUGGAGAAUUUAGUGCCAUAAAUAGGUGUGAUCAGGGGAUAUACAAGAUGAAAUGUGAUCUUUAAUAUACCUACGCAUUCCAUUCCAUCAUUUAAAGCAAUCAUGGUGUUCUUUAACGGCUCGAUGAAGCUUAAAAUCUGUGAGGCAAUAGAGCUGCGUCCGACGGACUAUUCGGCCCGAUUUACUAAGGGGUCCUCGAAAAAAGGAGAGAUUGAGCCCGCUUUAGACCCAUAUAUAGCAUUUGACGUUGACGAAUCACAUGUUGCACGAACUACAACCAAAGUAAAAACAUCGAAACCUGUUUGGAACGAAGAUUUUACAGCAGAAAUUCAUAAUGGACAGUCAUUCGGGUUGACCGUUUUUCACGAUGCGGCCAUUCCCCCAGAUGAUUUUGUCGCUAAUUGUUCACUUUCAUUCCAAGACUUGAAGUCUCAGUCGGAUAUAUGGAUUGACCUAGAGCCCAGAGGAAAACUGCAUGUGAUAGUGGAACUCAAUGGAUCAGCAUCGGAGGAACCGCCAAAGGAACAGAGGGUGUUCCGAGAGAAGGAGGGACUACUCAACCGCCGGCGGGGUGCUAUGCGCCGUCGUGUUCACCAAGUUAAUGGACAUAAGUUCAUGGCCACCAUGCUUCGUCAACCAACAUUUUGCUCAUUAUGUCGUGAUUUUAUAUGGGGUUUGGGAAAGCAAGGGUAUCAGUGUCAAGUAUGUACAUGUGUGGUUCACAAAAGAUGCCAUCAACAUGUGGUUACAAAAUGUCCUGGAAUCAAAGACAAGUCGACAGAGGAGACAGAAGAAGGUGCAGGUACACGAUUCAACAUCAAUGUUCCACAUCGAUUUUCUGUUCAUAAUUGCAAACGGCCAACAUUUUGUGACCACUGUGGGUCUUUAUUGUAUGGAAUUAUUCGACAGGGGCUUCAGUGUGAAGCUUGCAAGAUGAAUGUACAUAAGCGAUGUCAGAAAAAUGUAGCAAACAAUUGUGGAAUAAACACACGUGACAUGGCACAGAUUCUGCAAGAGAUGGGUAUAACCACCGACAAACUCACCAAGGGCAGAAAAAAGCCAUCAAUAAGUGAGAAUGACACUACACAAAAAUCUUCGGGCAAUGAUUUAAACAGAUUAGGUCAAAUGAUAUCAGAUCCGGAGUAUGUUCUUGGAGGUAAUAGUCCCAACAACAGCUUGACGGUCGGUUCCAGUGAAGAACGUGAUCCUCGUGCACGUAGUCCCUCACAGGAACGAUCACGGAGAAAAGACAAAUAUACCAUACACGAUUAUAAUUUUAUAAAAGUUUUAGGGAAAGGAAGUUUUGGCAAAGUAAUGAUGGCGGAGAGAAAGGGUCAUGAUGAAGUAUAUGCAGUUAAAGUUUUAAAGAAAGAUGUUAUUAUACAAGAUGAUGAUGUAGAUUGUACAAUGACAGAAAAAAGAAUUCUAGCUUUGUCAGCGAAACAUCCGUUUUUGACGGCACUUCAUUCCUGUUUCCAAACUAAGGAUCGUUUAUUUUUUGUGAUGGAGUAUGUAAAUGGUGGUGAUCUUAUGUUCCAAAUUCAACGAGCAAGAAAGUUUGAUGAGCCUCGGGCCAGGUUCUACGCUGCUGAAGUCACUCUAGCAUUAAUGUUUCUCCACAAGCAUGGUAUCAUAUACAGAGAUUUGAAAUUAGACAAUAUACUACUAGAUAAUGAAGGACAUUGUAAGAUAGCAGACUUUGGUAUGUGUAAAGAAGGAAUGUACGAAGGCAAGCUUACUCAAACAUUCUGUGGCACUCCAGAUUAUAUAGCUCCUGAGAUUUUGCAGGAGUUAGAAUAUGAUGCAUCAGUAGACUGGUGGGCACUAGGUGUUCUUAUGUAUGAAAUGAUGGCGGGGCAACCUCCAUUUGAAGCGGAAAAUGAAGAUGAUCUGUUCGAGUCAAUCCUCCACGAUGAUGUUUUAUAUCCUGUCUGGCUCAGUAAGGAAGCUGUGUCAGCUUUAAAAGGGUUUAUGACAAAAAAUCCUGUAAAGCGACUUGGCUGUGUAAAGAACCAUGGAGCAGAAAAGGCUAUACUUGUACAUCCUUUCUUCCAUGAAAAAAUCAACUGGGAACUUCUAGAACAAAAAGCUGUUAAGCCACCUUUUAAACCAAAAAUAAAAUCAAAGACAGAUGCCAACAAUUUUGACAAAGAUUUCACAACUGAAGAGCCAACAUUAACUCCUAUCGAUAUAACAGUUGUAAAGGCAAUCAACCAAGAAGAGUUCCGAGGUUUCUCAUUCAUUAAUCCAGACUACGGCAAGCUUGACCAAAGCGGCGGAGCGUCCGGAGUCUCGUAUCAAUGAUGAACACCGUAAUUUUAAAAUCCCCUGUCUGCAAAUUAAAAUUUUUUUAAAACAGCUUCAAGUUUUCAUAGUUUAUUUCAUCAUGUGUAUUGUGUCAUGUUUUUUGUAAAUGUUUAUAAUCACCAGAGGAGAGGGAAAAAAAACAACAAACAAAGAAUACCCCCAAAAGUAGAAGAACUGUUGUGUAGUUGCGGAAUUCCAGAUUGUUUUUAUUUUGGAGGAUAUUCUUGAAAAUACGUGUUUAGAUACAGUCUUUCAAUUAUAUUUCAUCAUCUAAGGAACAUGGAUGGAGCAACGUGAAACUGAGUUUUAUAUAUUAUAUGAUGAUCUUGGAAAAUGUUUUACGAAAGGAAGAAAGAUUCAUGUAGCAUGACAUCUAUAUUUCUACAUCGUAAGUUUAAUGGGGUCAUCCUUGGACCUUAGAGUUGAACGUUACAGGUCAGUAAUUUUAUCUUUGCAAUAAAAGUUCUUUUCAGCCAGUAGUUAAGCAUGGGCAAUUUUUGUAAAAUUUCAGUUGGAAUUAGUGUAUGAAACUGAAAAAUUUGUACAACUCUGAGGUCUAAGACUUCACUAGCUUACAAUGUUGAAAAAAUAUAGGUCAUUAUUGUCUGUUCAUGACUUCUUACCAUAUUUUCUCUUUCUUAAUCGAAAGUGUCCAUUGAUACUUAUUUACACAGCUGAAGUUUUGCCAUUACACUAUGACUGACAUUUAUGGUGAAACUUUUAUGUUAAAAAAAGUGACAUAGUGUCGUGUUUUUAUUUUGCUACACCAGCUAUGGAAUAACUGAAAAAAAGUUUUUAGUUUAUUAUCUGUAAUUUUGCAGAUUGAAUUGAAACUAUAGAGUGAAAUAAUUGCUGAAAGUAUAUAUAGCAUGAAGAAAAUAUUGAAUCAGUUUAUAGCAUGACGUACCAAUUGAAUCUAUUUAUAGCACAAGGUACCAACUGAAUCUAUUUAUAGCAUGAGGUACCAAUUGAAUCUAUUUAUAGCAUGAGGUACCAACUGAACCUAUUUAUAGCAUGAUGUAGCAAAUGAAUCUAUUUAUAGCAUGAGGUACCAACUGAAUCUAUUUAUAGCAUGACAUAAAGAAAAAAUAAGAAGUCUUGAGCAGACUAAAGCUUACUAGUUUGCAUCGUUUUAUCAUUAAUUGUCGUUCAUAUUUUUUAAAGAAAUAAUUUUAAAUGUUUACAAGUUGUACAUUUCAUGCAUGUAUAGAAACUUGACAUGAAAUUGUUGUUACUAUUCAUAGAUCAUGUUAUUUCAAUUGAUACAUGUGACAUUUUACAUUAUUUUAGGUCUGGUCAUUUUUAUGUAUUUGUUCUCUAUGAGCCAGUGUGUAUGCCUAGACUGAAGUGAUUGCUUGGUUGUAUAUAAAUCUUCCAUAAAUGGCUACAUGUAGAAAGAAAAUCAAGUAGUUCUGUUAUACUGAAAAUACGUCAGUUUUUAAUGCAUUUCUCAAACAGGGCUUUUAGACGUUACAAUAAGAUGGCUUAUGAAAUAUAUUUGAUGUUAACUUAUAGUAACUUCAUUGAUUUUAAUAGAAUAACAGCUAUAUAGUCCAUGUAGCAUAAUAACAGAUAAUAUAGAGUUAAUGUAAAUGGUUAUUAAAUUGCAAACAAAAAUGUUAUUUUAAAUAUUACGUCUUUUAUAUGAAUAAAUCAGGUGUUAAUCUAGUCAAGAUUAUUAAAACAUCAAACUUCUACAGAUACUGUGCUUGGAAAAUAGCAAUAGCAUGUAAAGAUUUUAACCCUUAUCAUGCUUGACAUGAUUGAUUAGACUGCCUUUGUGACCAGUGUAGGUCAUGAUCAGCCUGCAUAUCCAUGCAGUCUGAUUAUGAUCUGCACUGUUUGCCAUUCAUUCAGUCUCUUUUUGGUAAGCACAGUUAAUGGUACUGUCCAAAUUGAAAGAUGGACAAGUUCAAAAUAGAAAUUCAGCAGGGUAAGGGUUGAAGUGUUGAAUAUGUAGUUUUAUAACUUGGUCCGAUGUUUACAAAACAUUUUUGGUCUUUACUGAAUUCGAGAUUGAAAUUUUUAUAUCGAAAUAUACAUGAACUUUAAGAUUAAAUUUCAGUGGAAAAUUGAAAAUAAUCAUUAAUUUAACAUUUUAUUUUAAACAUGCAGUUUAGAUAUAUAAGUUUCAUUUUCAAAAUCAUCUAAGAUCAAAAAUGUCUUGAGAACAUGAUGCAAGAUCAGGACAGCUCAGUGAAGCAUGUAUGACAAAUGACUAUGCUGACUGUCAAGUGUAUUAGGUAGGGAUGGGGAUGGGGAUAAUAAACUAUUUGUUAGCACAUGUGACAGACUUGCUGACUGUCCAUGCAACCUGGUAGUGCAGUUUUCUUUGCAUCCAUAUUUGAACCCCAUGAUCACUGGUUAGAAUGGUAAAGGUGUUGUCAUGCCUGCCAAAAAGCCAGUUGAGUUACUACAAGCCCUAGUGCUUCUUCAGGCUGUAUUUUGUAUGAUUUAUUAAAAGGAGACCGACAUGCCAAAAAAUAUUUCAUAAAGAAGACAACUAGACUGCUUUUAGCUGACCUUGGUUUCAGGGGUCCUGGCACUAACCACUAGUUUAGUGGGUAGUACCAAAGUCCACAAGGAGGUCAUUUUCUUUUUAAAAGAGGCACAAUCAAGCUAAUACAUAUAUCUUUUAAAAAUGGGUAGAACUGUUACAAAAUAUAUACAGGGAAAUAAGUUUAGCUGUUGCAGUUAGAUUUAUACUUUAUUGGGCCUUUACUGAUCCUCAUGUAUAACAUGGUGUACAUGUUCUCGUUUAAGUAUUUAAGACAGAAUGAUACUGAACAAUGUUGUAUGAUUGCAGCAAUUUGAGAGGAUGUUAGGACAUAAAGUUAACCCUUACCCUGCUAAAUUUCUCUUACGGACUGGCCCAUCAUUCAAUUUGGGCAGCACCAUUUAUUAUUCAAAGGGGCAUUCACUGAAAAUUUACUUGCAGGCUAAAGGUUAAUAAGUAAUUGUUAAAUGAAUAAAUACAUUUUUAUAAAGAAAAUGCAAGAAGGGAAAAUAGGACUUUUAAAUUUUAUCUAUUAUAAAAACAAUAUUUUAAGUCUGAAAUUCGACUUUAAAAUGGUUCAGAUUUCAUUUUGCUAUAUCAUUAUUAAAUUAGAACAGAUAUCUUUAUGAAACUUUGCAUGAAUGUGUCUCUCGUAUCGACAAUUAGCUCUGUAGCACAUUCCUGGCAAAUUGAAAAUUUGGCAGUAUUAUGUCUUCUGUCUAAAUCUCUUGACUGUAAAUAUGGAUGAAUUUUACUGGAAUACAGAAAACAGUAGAAAAUUAAACAAAAGUAAUACAGAUCAAGCUGUGGCUGUUUAGUCAGCAGUUUUUUGUAGUGAUACAGGGUGUUGUUUGAGAUAUAAAAUUCUUUACUAGAUAAAUUCUAACUAGGAAAAGAGUUAAUACCAAUAUGUCUUGCAGGGUCAUUCCUUGUCAAAUGAACGUUUUAGUACAGUUUAAUACAUGUUAGGUAUGUUUUUGUGUUCUUUAUAAUUUUUUUUGUUUUGGUCGACUUGUAAUAUUUGUUUCAUUUUGGAUUGGCUGAUAUUUAUAAAAUAAAUUUUAAUAUCUAGAAUAUUUUCCUGUUAUUUAAAUUUGCUAAAUCAUGUUAGUCAUAUAAAAGAAAUUUGAUAGCAAAUGAUGGCAGUUUACAUUGUUUAUGUGUAUAUUUAUUAAGUGUGUUUUGUGUGUAUUUCCUUGUCAAAACAACAAUGCAAUGUAGUGUGAAGAUAUGUUUCAGAAGGGUAAAUGAUGCUAGGUAUAUGUGUACUGAAGAAUAUACGUCCGUAUGUGUCUGGUAAAUAUUGCAAAUCUUAUAAAGAAAACCGUUUGUUCCAUUCUUAAAAUGGUGUCGACAGUCAAUUUUGUAGACAAGGUUUACUGGAAAAGUAAAAAAAAAAUAUAUAAAAAUAACUUCUUUGAUUUAAAAAGUCUGAUCUUUUAUACCUUAAACUGGUAGAUGUAAUGAUACUAAAAGAAUACAUAUAGUCAUUCACCUCCAUUAUACCCUAAAUAAAUUUGUGUCUCAAGGAAGAGUUGCUAUCUAGGGUUUUUUCCUUAAUAACUGACUUUUCAGUAUGAAAUGUUGCACAGAUUUUAUCAUAUUUUCUUCCUUUUUUUUUUUUAUUUCAUUCAGAAGAAAAACAUUCCAUAAAAUGAUUAUUAUCAUUAUCCUUACAUAUUACAGCCUUCUAGGAAAUACAGCUUUUGUAAUAUAUCCUGUUUUUUGUUUAGUUUCUAAAUUUUUUAAAUUAGAUAAUUUUUUGCAGUGUGGCAGCAGUUAAAAAUCUCUCAUAUGCUUUUAGUCAGUGUUGUUGUUGAUAUACAACCAUUGUGAUGUAAUAGAAUGACAUCACAUUUAACAGCUUUAUUACAACAACCUGUUCUGGAAUUGUGAUAGUAACACAAUUGCUAGAGUGCUCGGAUUUGUUGUUGCUAGGUGCUUUUGCCAUUCUGAUAUGGGUUUGAACUAAGGCUCUUGCAAAAAUAAUUUCUACUGAAUGUACAUACAUGUAUAUAAAAUACACAGUUGGUUUGAAGUGGCCUGAACUGUAGCUAUAAAUGUAUGUGGGAACACAAGUCUCAUAUUUAAGCUUUCUGUGUUAAAAAACCUUCCUUAGAAUUUGUUCUUAGUUCAGCAGGUAGAAUGAAAUAUUUUGAAUGGUAAGGUAGCAAGUUUGACCUCAGGCAAGUCAUAUUCUUUCCAUGAUAAUUUGACAAAGGACAAAGUACAACUGAAGUCUUUCCUCCACUUCUCAGUCAAUGUAAGGAAGUUGUCAGUAACUUGCUUCAAGCAAGACAGCAAUGAUACAAAGCCAAGGAUCACUCGCUAGGUUAACUAGCAGCCAUUACACAUCUGAAAUUCUGUUGAAAAAAUAACAAAUCAAAGUUUGGUUCUACUUCACUUACCAGACAGGGUGCACUUUAUGAUGUUACCUAGGUAGACUAAACUUGUCUUGUGGCAACUUAGAAUUUGAUACUGGCUGUCCUCCAUUAUUUCACAAAAUGGCCAAACAGAGUUGUCAUUAGAUAUGAAGUAAAUGCCUUCUAUUUACAAAGGUAUGAUUUUAUUUAACCACAAAUUUGCUGGUGUGCACCCAUAUAUCCACCUCAUUCAGUAUCCUUUAUAAUUAUAAGAAACUAUUAAUUACCUGAGGGUAGUGACUAUAAAUGUCUUCACUAUAUAUGUGUGUGUACAUUCAGUAUGCCUUACCUGUUGUUUAUGCUUAUUGAAAAGCAAAAACCUUUACCUUUUGUAGAUGCUUUUUCAAAUGGGCUGUUUGUUUUUUAUGUUACAUAUAUAUGCAUUUUAUAGUUUAUUUUGAAAACUUGAUGGAUAUAUAUUAUUUCUUGUGUUGAUCUGAUUAAUUCUAGUCAUGUAUGAUUUAUUUUUGUUAUAUAAUCAAGAAUGCCAUGAUGUAGAUAUAAGCCAUAUAUCACUAUAGAUACCCAUAUUAUUGUUCUUGGGUAGAUAUAUAUAUCUGACAUAGAUCUGGCGUAGGUUUUUUUUAUCCGGUGUAGACAUUUUACAGUUAUUACCCUAUACAGGAAUGCAUGAAAGAAUUAUUGUUGAGUGCUCAGAAUUUCGUGCUCUUAAUUACAGUUAGUAUAGGAUAUAUUUACUAUUUGGAAAUAUCAGUAUAUCACCCAAUGAUUAGUUGAUAAAAAAAUAUUACAACAAAAAUCAAGUGUAUUUUUUCAGAUAAAGGUAUAUAUUUUGCUUUAUUAUUAUAAUUUGUUUAUUUUGUUUCAAAAAUAACCAUGGCUGUUGAACAUUUAUUUGUUAAUUUUUAUAUUGUUUGUACUAUUUUUUGCAGUUUGACUAAAGUCUGUCUCAUUUUUUAUACGCUCGAAGGGAUGUUUAAUGAUACCACCGGUGUCCGUUCAUCUGUCCGCUCUGUAACUCUUGAACCCCUUGAAGGAUUUGGAAGAAACUUACACAAAUGUUCACCACAUUAAGACGACAUGCAGAGCACAUGUUUUGGAUGGCUCGCUUUAAGGGUAAGGUCAAGGUCACACUUAGGGGUCAAAGGUCAUAUCAGUUUGUUUCGUGUCCACACUGUAACUCUUGAACUGCUUGAAGGAUUUCAAAGAAACUUGGCACUAAUGUUCACCACAUCGAGACGACUUGCAAAGCACAUGUUUCAGAUGGCUCCCUUCAAGGUCAAGGUCACAUUUAGGAGUCAAAGGUCAUAUGAGUUUGUUUUGUGUCUGCUCUGUAACUCUUGAACUGCUUGAAGGAUUUCAAAGAAACUUGGCACAAAUGUUCACAACAUUUUUGUUGACUUAGAAUUUUUUUUUGGAAUUUCUUCCCUUUGUUUUUCCUGUCCUGUGGGCUUCAACAGUCAAGUCCUUUAAAUUUUGCUCCCAUCUUCUGAUGUAACCCUUCGGGCGUAUAUUUGCCCACUUGGCGGAGCUCUUGUUUUAAUGUUUACUUUCCAGUCAUGUAAAUAUGAAAGCGUUGUUUCACAAAGACAUGCUGGGUUUAGAAUGGUUAUUUUAUUCACCAAAAAUGUUUAUAAUGAUAAUUUUGGAAAUCUGUAUUGAAUAUAUUUUGCUUCUUGGAAAGAAAUACAUGUAGAACACAUGUUUUGUAUAUUUUUGCUUCGUAACAAUAUCUUAUAAUAGAAAUACUUCAGUGUCUUCAUGAGUUUUAGUAUGAAAUAUAAUAGUUUGUUGCAUAGUUCUAUUUAAUCAUAUUAUAAAGACCUAUAACAGUUGAUAUUCUGACAAAUAUUAUGCUGAUUAUCAUUGAUAAUGCUUUAAAGAAAAAAAAUACUGCUUAAGAAUUGCUAUGCUUAAAUUGAUAUUUGAAGUUGCAUUGUUAAACUGUGACCAGUUUUAUCAGGGAAAUUAGACAGGUGAAUAACUGUUGAGAAGACAGUAUCCAACCUAGAUAUGUCAGUAGCAUUCUGCAUCUUUGUAGCAAUUGCUAAUAACUUCAAUUUAAAGGUUGUUAUUUCUCAUUUAAUUGCAUUUUAAAGAAAUAAUGUAAUGCUUUAUCUUCAAUUCAAAUAUGGAGACUGAAAAUUCUCAGUUGUUUUAUAUUUUUGCUUAUAAUCAUUUUUAAGCUGUAAAUGUGCAAUUAGAAUCUUGAAGGUUGAUCCUUUCAUAAUAAAGUUAUUGCAUAAUCGGUCAAGUUUGAGUCAUUGAUAAAGUUUUCAUUUCAUGGUAUUUUUGGAAGUGUUCAGUCUGCAUGAUGAAUAUUUAUUUGCAGUUUAUCAUGAUUGGACAUAAAAAGUAAGAAUCUCAACAACAAAAACAAAAAACAGAUUCUAAAGCAUUUUUCUCAUCUUGAUUUUAGGAAACCCAAAGAUGUAUUCUCAGAUAAUCCUGUUCUGAUUAAGUUUUGUUCAUUUGAAGUGGGCGAAUCUGUCUAUCUUGCCAUUUGGUUCAUUAUGUCUCUCCCAACUGGGGGAGACAUAUUGUUUUUGCCCUGUCCGUCUGUCAAUCCUUCUGUCCAUCACACUUCAUUUAUGAUCAAUAACUAGAGAACCAUUUGACCUAGAACCUUCAAACUUCAUAGGUUGGCAGGGCUUAUGGAGUAGAUGACCCCUAUUGUUUUUGGGGUCACUCCAUCAAAGGUCAAGGUCACAGGGGCCUGAACAUGGAAAACCAUUUCCGACCAAUAACUUGAGAACCACUUGACCCAGAAUGUUGAAACUUCAUAGGAUGAUUGGACAUGCAGAGUAGAUGACCCCUAUUGAUUUUGGGGUCACUCUGUUAAAGGUCAGGUUCGCAGGGGCCCAGACAUGGAAAACCAUUUCCGAUCAAUAACUUGAGAACCACUUGACCCAGAAUGUUGAAACUUCAUAGGAUGAUUAGUCAUGCAGAGUAGAUGACCCCUAUUGAUUUUGGGGACACUCUGUUAAAGGUCAAGGUCACAGGGGCCUGAACAUGGAAAACCAUUUCUGAUCAAUAACAUGAGAACCACUUGACCCAGAAUGUUAAAACUUCAUAGGAUGAUUGGUCAUGCGGAGUAGAUGACCCCUAUUGAUUUUGGGGUCACUCUGUUAAAGGUCAGGGUCACAGGGCCUGGACACGGAAAACCAUUUCUGAUCAAUAACUUGAGAACCACUUGACCCAGAAUUUUGAAACUUCAUAUGAUGAUAGGUCAUGCAGUGUAGAUGACCCCUAUUGAUUUUGGGGUCACUCUGUUAAAGGUCAAGGUCACAGGGGCCUGAACAUGGAUGGAUGACCAUUUCUGAUCAGUAACUUGGGAACCUCUUGACCCAGAAUGAUGAAACUUCAUAGGAUGAUUGGACAUGCAGUGUAGAUGACCCCUAUUGAUUUUGGGGUCACUCUAUUAAAGGUCAAGGUCACAGGGGCCUGAACAUGGAAAACCAUUUCUGGUCAGUAACUUGAGAACCACUUGACCCAGAAUUUUGAAACUUCAUAGGAUGAUUGGACAUGCAGUGUAGAUGACCCCUACUGAUUUUGGGGUCACUCUAUUAAAGGUCAAGGUCACAGGGGCCUGAACAUGGAAAACCAUUUCCAGUCAGUUACUUGAGAACCACUUGACCCAGAAUGUUGAAACUUCAUAGGAUGAUUGGACAUGCAGAGAAGAUGACCCCUAUCGAUUUUUUGGUCACUCUAUAAAGAUCAAGGUAACAGCGGACAGAUAAUGUAAAUCCAUUUCCGGUAAAUUACUUAAGAACCAUUUGACCUAGAACCUUCAAACUUCAUAGGGUGAUAGGACUUACAGAGUAGAUGACCCCUAUGGUUUUUGGGGUCACUCCAUUAAAGGUCAAGGUCACAGGGGGCUGAACAUAGAAAACUCUUUCCAAUCAAUAACUUGAGAACCACUUGACCCAGAAUGUUGAAAAUUAUUAGGGUGAUUGGACAUGCAGAGUAGAUGACCCCUUUUGGGGUCAUUUGAUCAAAGGUCAAGGUCACAGGGGCGUGGACAUGGAAAAGCAUUUCCAAUUCAUAACUUGAGAACUACUAGGCCCAGAAUGUUGAAACUAAGUGGGAUAUUUGACAUGCCAAGUAGAUGAUCCCCAUAGCAGCCAACCAUCAGUGUCUCUCUGACUUUCGCUUCAACUUAGUUCAAGUGUCCCCUAUUGACUUCAUGCCUAUACGACUAUGCAUUAGGGGAGACAUACGGUUUUCUACAAAGCUUCUUCUAGUUUCACUUUGAAUUUAUUUUAACUUUAUCAUAACUGGUGAAGCUCACCGAAAGCUAUAUAUUCCAGCUAUAUAAAGAAAAGGAAUGAUCACAGCUAUGGUAGAUUUCACUUAUAAAGGGACAUAAACAACUGCCAAGUCAUUCUUUUUUCUUUGUUUUUAAUACUUUGUUUUCAUAUAAAUGUAAUGACUGGAUCAAAAUUAUGUAUCAGUUCUUUUUAUUUUGUUAACUCUAUGUAUUUUGGUCAGUUUGGACCUGUUACAAUCUAAAUUAGCAGUCCAAGACCUUCUGUGCCUAUGUUUUGUUGAAGAAAGUAUUUUAAUUUUAGUUUAGGCAGCUGUUUGUUUUUAUAAUUUAUGUUAAAGUCCAUUUUUGGUUUUAUUUUUCUUUACAUUUAACUGUUUUCAUAGCAAUUUUCCUGAAAAUACAUUUGUAAUAACCAGAAUUAUUAAAAAACUAAUACUAGCAUUUGUUAACAUUUUUAAGUUGAUUAAAAAGUUAAUUUACUUAAACUUCUUGAAACGUAUUGUCUCAUUGUGUUUUGAUUACACAUGGCUCAAAUUUCUUACAUAAUUAUCCAUAUUUGUGGCCAAAUUCGGCUGUUUAAUGCUGUUUGUUUUGUUUUAAUAGCCUGAAGUUGGUAUAAAAUCCGAAAUUAUUGUGAGGGAUUUAUUUUCACUAAAUUUACUUACUUACUGCAUUCUCAGAAACAAAUACUUGCAAAAGUGUGUUCAUUAUAAGUGGCCUGAUAGGUCUCACAGAUUGGCACAUAUUGUGAAUAUUCUACUACAUUACCCAAUUAAAGUUUUGAAUAUAGUCCUGUUUUGGCUUUGCAAAAUUAACUUGUAAUAGAUGUCAGCAAAUAUAUUCUAAUAUAGACUUAUUAAGAGAAGCUAAAUACAGCAAAAGAAACACUUAAUCAUUGAUAUAAUAGGGUUAUUAUAACAGUAGCUCAAUCUAGGAUGCUGUAUUCGGCUCGAGUGGAUUUUUGCCGGAUUGUAUCUCACGAGGCGUGCAAGCGCCGAGUGUGAUCCGACCUUGCAAAAUCCACUCGAGCUGAAUACAAAAUCCCAAAUCUAGCUACUGUUAUAAUGACCCUUUUAUUAUAUACCUCUACCUUUUUGUUUGUUGUUUUGUUAUUGAACGAAAUCUUCAAUGUUUGUCGGUGAAUUUUUUAUGUGCGCUAUUUAUAGAUCUGUGUCAGGUCAUGCAUAUUAAUGAAAGUAGUCCGGCAGCAUACAAUACGAAAGGUACAAUAUAGAAUUCAAAAGGUACAAUACGGAAUAUUUUUCUGCCUGUUCAUAUUUACUUGUGAAAUACAAGCCAAUUUUUUUACAGAAUUUAUAUAGGUAUAUAAUAAAAGCUGAUAUCACAAAGAUACAAAUGAUAUCACAUUGAUAUAAUAGGGUUAUUAUAACAGUAGCUCGAUCUGGGAUGCUGUAUUUGGCUGAAGUGGAUUUUUGCCAGAUCGGAUCUCACGAGGCGCACAAGCGCCAAGUGUGAUCCAACCUUGCAAAAUCCACGAGAGCUGAAUACAAAAUCCUAGAUCUAGCUGCUGUUAUAAUGACCCAUUUAUUAUAUACCUCUACCUUUUUGUUUGUUGUUUUGUUAUUGAACGAAAUCUUCAAUGUUUAUCAAUAUUAAAAUGGAACUAAGUGAAGUUUUUAUGUGCGCUAUUUAUAGAACUGUGUCAGGUCAUGCAUAUUAAUGAAAGUAGUCCGGCAGCAUACAAUAUGGAAGGUACAAUAUAGAAUUUAAAAGGUACAAUAUGGAAUUUUUUUUCUGCCUGUUCAUAUUUACUUGUGAAAUACAAGCAGAUUUUUUUAACAGAAUUUAUAUAGGUAUAUGAUAAAUUGAAACUGUCAGUUGAUACAAUAUUUUUCUUUUACAGAACAUAUUGAUAUCCUCCAGCAUAAACUGAUUUCAUACUCGAGUGUAUUGAUAUCAAGUCUUAAAUGCUUUGAUAAUAAUGGAAUGAUGUUAUAGAUCUCUUAACAUAAUGUGCUGGUAUUACCUGUGAGGGGCUUAUAUCUAGCAGAUUAAACAGGUAUUGUACAACAUCAGCUAAUAUAGCAUGGGCUAAUAAUACAUGUGAUGUGCUGAUAUCUAGUGGAAAAUACCGAUAUUGCACAGAAUGGAAAUAUUGCACUGUAAGUGCAGAUAUUGUACCCAGAAAUUAUUGAUGUAUGUUAAGGGUGUUAUAGGUCUUAUACUUCAUGAUUGUGUUGUUAUUGUUCAGAUGGCAUUAUAAUACAUACUAUAGUCUGUUCCUUGUGACAAUCUUGUUUUCAAGUAUUUGAUAUGAGAGACAGUAUUUAAUGUGUGAUAGUCAAUAAAUCCACUUGCUAGUGCAUAAUUUCAGCUUACGUUAUAAUAUUGCAAUAAUGCAAAUGAAGAAAUAAAAAAUUCAGUUCUGCUAUUGGCCUCAGAGGUAUUGCGCAUUAUACAGCAGAUCUAAAACUGUUUGAUGUAUGAUACAAACGAAAUAUGCUUUGUAAUGCUUCUUGCAACUAUACAAAUUUCAUUCUCAUUUUAGAAUGACAUGGCAGAUUUUCUCAGCUAUUAUAUGUGCUAUAAAUCGGAGUAAUUAAAUUCUGCGAAAAUUGAUACUUGGUGAAGUGUGUUUUUAUCGUUAUAUAUAGCUCUAUAUAUUUCACAAGUUGGCCAGAUAUUUCAAAUGUACCAUGCAAGCAAAAGCCAGUUUCAAAUGAAGAGAACUUUUAGCAUUGCAAAAAUGUUUGAUGUUACAGUAAUAGGAUUAUUGCUGCUCCGUUUGACUGUGUGUCAAAUGUUCAGUUCUAUUGGUCCUUGUACAAUAAAGCACGUUACAAGAAAUUUAUACACAUUAGGGAUUUUAUCCCAAAAUUUUGCAGCUUUCUGUACAACCAAAUUGCUUGGUUGACAUUAUUAUUGUUCUUAUCUUUGAUAAUGUGUAUUACUGCAGUAGUUUUUGUUUGAAGAGUGGCAAAACACAAGCUUAAAAAAGGACUGAUAUGUGGUUGAAUAGUUACAAAAUGAUCUUCCUGUCUGUAUGAAAUUUAAUUUUUUAGGAAGUUCAUAGUUUACUUUGCAAUUUAGUGUUUACAUUAAAAUAAUAAUGAAAGAAUUGAAAUAAUAAAGAUUUGUUAGGGUGGAAAUUGAAUUUUUAAAGUAUCUAUUAAUAUCAAUUUUAUGGCCAAAAAUGUGUUUUUUCCCAUUGUAAAAACUAGGCAAAAUCACAACUUCAGAAAAAUAUUAUAUAUUUUUUAUACAUUUUUGCAUGGAAAUAUGAGCCGCACCAUGAGAAAACCAACAUAGUGGCUUUGCGACCAGCAUGAAUCCAGACCAGCCUGCGCUUCCACGCGGGUGCACAGGCUGGUCUGGAUCCAUGCUGGUCACAAAGCCACUAUGUUGGUUUUCCCAUGGCAUGGCUCAUAUUGCUUUUAUGCUACCUUAGAUAUCGUGAAAGUUUUAUAACAAUCUGUUCACAAAUAAAGUCAAAAUUGAUUUUUUAGAAAAAACAUUGGUGACAAAAUAGAUGAAAUUUACAAUGUAAAAUACCCCAUCUUGUUAUUUUCUUUAACAAUAAAUUCAAAACUUAUCAAGAUACUAUUACCAGCUUUAUAGUGUUUUUGAAUGAUUAUAACAUCAAUAGUAUUGUCUCAUAUUUAACCCUUACCCUGCUAAAUUUCUCAAAUGGAAUGGUCCAUCAUUCAGUUUAGACAAUACCAUUUAUUAUUCGAAGGGGUGUUCACUGAAAAUUUACUGACUGAAUAGCGAACAGUGCAGACCAUGAUCAGACUGCACAGAUGUGCAGGCUGAUCUAGGUCUGCACUGGUCGCAAAGGCAGAAUCACUUGCUGCCAGCAGGCUAAGGGUUAAUGAGAAAUCAAGGAGAAGCCUUGAUAGGGAAAAGCUGGAAUCAAACAGUUACUGAAAAUGGUUGUUUUGCAAGAUGUUAUAGUUAUAAUUUUAUUGUGACAAUAUAGAUGUAUAAAACUUUUAUGUAAAUGAAAUUUAUACGAGAAAAUCCAGAUGUAUUGUUUAAAAAUUUUCAUCUGCAAAUAUUUCUAAGACUUUUUGAUAGUACUAUCUUGGUAACUUGAUAUAUAAUGCUAGAGUUGUUAAAAAUCAAUUAACCAUUUCUAUGAUAUGAUGUUUAGUUUUUUCCUUGUAUUAUGACAUGUUGCAUUUAUUUUUUGUUUUAGACAAUUUUACAAGUGCUUGUGUACAUUCUACAGCAUUGUAGUGCAAUUAUUUAUUCAGAAUUAUCAUGUUUGUUACUGUUUUAUCUUCCAUGAUUUAGUCUUUAUCUAAAACUGAAAUAUUCUGGUUAAAUCCUCUUUUAUCCAAUCAGGUACUGGUACCUGGACGGGGUACUUGGUGUCUGCCUCCUCUGUCAAAAGCUAGAAAAGUUGCCAUGUGACUUAAGUUGUGUCCAUAGAACUCUACACCCAGAGCUGCUUAUUACCAAAUUUGGUGACAUUUAUAAUGACAAAAAAAAAUGGCUUGACAUAUUAUUUUACCAUUUUCUUUCAAUACUUCCAGACUCCAGAGCAUUUAGAAAAAUGUAUUAACUAUAAUAAAAGAUAAAUGCAUGUAUAACAUUAUCUACCUGCUUUGUUAUAUAAUAUAAAAAAAUAGGUUAAUGAAAUUAUUUAUUCAGCAGUUAGAAGUGAAUUUCUUUUACAUAGCUUAUGCUCCCAUUUGUGGGUUUAAGCUAAGUUAGGCAGUAUAAAGUCUUAAUAUAUCAAUGGAAAUUUUUUUCAUCAUUUGAAUAUUUAAGUGAAAAUUAUGAAGUGAGCUUGGAAUCAAAAUACUGGUUCAUUUGUCCACAAUACAGUUAUUAUAGAUAUCUCUUACAUAGUCAUUCUGACUGAAUGGAAAUUUGUAUAUCAGUGUUUAUUUACCAAGAUUGUAUGUGUAGGGGAUGUAUGCAGUUGUUUCCAGUUGUAUUCAUUGUGUGUAGGAUAAAAUGCCAGAUUUAUGAUUCAGUUCUAUUGUACGUGCAAUAAAUAAAUACCAGUUUUCAUAA